CUGCCGACCGCGAGCCAAUAAGUGGCAGCAGCGAUAAACCUGCUCCUCCAAUAGAAAGAGCAUGCAGAGCAGAGAGCCGAUUACUUCCUUGAGAGCACAGGUGUAAGAGAAAGCUCCUCGCCCCUGGCUGCACCUGCUCUUCAGGCUGGCAGGGAGAAAACUGGGGGAAACACAUUCCAACAGGGACUAAGAGGAAAUUACGCUGGACUCCUACCUGAUCUCCUAAUUGUGAUAGGAUGAAUGUGGGGGUGGCACACAGUGAAGUAAAUCCCAACACGCGAGUGAUGAAUAGUCGGGGCAUAUGGCUGGCCUACAUCAUCUUGGUGGGACUGCUGCACGUGGUUCUACUCAGCAUCCCCUUCCUCAGCAUUCCUGUUGUUUGGACCCUGACCAAUGUCAUCCACAACUUGGUAAUGUAUGUUUUCCUACACACUGUGAAAGGAACACCCUUUGAGACCCCUGACCAAGGAAAGGCUCGCCUGUUGACACACUGGGAGCAAAUGGACUACGGGCUCCAGUUUACCUCUUCCCGCAAGUUCCUUAGCAUCUUUCCUAUUAUACUCUACCUUCUGGCCAGCUUCUACACUAAGUAUGAUACUGCCCACUUCCUCAUCAACACUGCCUCACUAUUUAGUGUACUGCUGCCUAAAUUGCCCCAGUUCCAUGGGGUCCGUCUUUUUGGUAUCAACAGAUACUAAGGGAUCAGACUGAGGACAACCCCAUAGACACAGAGAAGGCACUGGAAUAAAGGACUAAACACCUUUCCCUUCUUCAAACUAUUUUUUGUUUCUUGAAAGCCUGAGAACAGUACAAUCUUUCCCAAACUCAGAAAGAGAAGAAAUCGGAAAAUGCUACCAUUGGAUCCAGCCCUGCUAAGGGCAAGACUGAGUCAGGAAAGACAAAUGAAGUUAAGAGGCACAUCACUCCCUUAUAACAAGAAGCCAUAUUUGGGCAAUUUGUUUGAUUACAUUUUCUAUGUUUUUUAUCCCUACCACUUUCCUACUCUGUUUUACUGUGUAUUUUCCUUAUAAUAAAGAUAAUUUUUUUCAA